CCCGGUGCGGACGUGCCCGCUCCUCCGGGAUCGCGGAUAGAGGGAGGAUGGCAGCGGGCGGCAUGGAGCCUCCGGGAGACAGUAAUGGCAGGCCGCGGUGACGCGGUGCUUGCUGCUCGCCAUGCCAGGGAUUGUGGUUUUCCGCCGCCGCUGGUCUGUGGGCAGCGAUGAUUUGGUGUUGCCAGGAAUAUUCCUGUUUGUAUUGCACAGCACCUGGUUUGUUAUCCUGUCUGUGGUUCUCUUUGGUCUCACCUAUAACCCGAACGAGGCAUGUUCUUUGAACCUGGUGGAUCAUGGACGUGGGUACCUGGGCAUCCUGCUCAGCUGCAUGAUAGCAGAGGUGGCCAUCAUCUGGCUGAGCAUGAGAGGGGGUAUCCUCUACACAGAGCCCCGAGACUCCAUGCAAUAUGUGCUGUAUGUGCGGCUUGCAAUCCUAGUAAUUGAGUUUGUUUACGCCAUUGUUGGCAUUGUCUGGCUUGCUCAGUAUUACACAUCUUGCAACGAUGUCACAGCGAAGAACGUCACACUGGGAAUGGUUGUGUGUAACUGGGUCGUCAUACUCAGUGUCUGUAUCACGGUGCUCUGUGUUUUUGAUCCAACUGGAAGAACCUUUGUGAAACUGCGAGCAACGAAAAGAAGGCAAAGAAAUCUGCGCACUUACAACUUGAGACAUCGUCUGGAAGAAGGACAAGCUAGCAGUUGGACUCGUCGUCUGAAAGUCUUUCUGUGUUGCACUCGCACAAAAGAUUCCCAGUCGGACGCAUACUCUGAAAUCGCCUACUUGUUUGCAGAGUUUUUCCGAGAUCUUGACAUCGUUCCAUCAGAUAUAAUUGCUGGGCUUGUUCUUCUGCGUCAGCGCCAGAGAGCCAAGCGUAAUGCAGUUCUUGAUGAGGCCAAUAAUGAUAUAUUAGCAUUUUUAUCUGGAAUGCCCGUAACCAGGAAAACCAAAUACCUUGACCUGAAAAAUGCACAAGAGAUGGCACGGUACAAGGAGGUGUGCUACUACAUGCUGUUUGCUCUUGCAGCAUAUGGCUGGCCCAUGUACCUCAUUAGGAAGCCAACAUGUGGCAUCUGUCGAUUGGCAGGAGCUUGCUCUAGUUGCUGCUGUCUGUGCACUUCCCGACCUCGUUUUGCUCCUGGAGUUACCAUCGAGGAAGACAACUGCUGUGGCUGUAAUGCAAUAGCCAUAAAGAGGCAUUUCCUGGAUGAGAAUAUGAGUAUGGUGGACAUUGUAUAUACAUCUUGCCAUGACGCGGUAUAUGAAACUCCUUUUUUUGUGGCGGUGGACCAUGAUAAAAAGAAAGUGGUGAUAAGUAUCCGUGGAACGCUAUCUCCAAAGGAUGCCUUAACUGAUUUGACUGGAGAUGCAGAACGUUUACCAGUUGAAGGACACCAUGGCACAUGGCUGGGUCACAAGGGCAUGGUCCUUUCUGCUGAGUACAUUAAGAAGAAGCUGGAACAGGAGAUGGUACUUUCACAAGCAUUUGGCCGUGACCUGGGUCGAGGCACAAAACACUAUGAUCUAAUUGUGGUGGGUCACUCUCUUGGCGCUGGCACUGCUGCCAUUCUUUCUUUUCUUCUUCGCCCACAGUACCCGUCCCUCAAGUGUUAUGCUUAUUCCCCCCCUGGUGGACUGCUAAGUGAGGACGCCAUGGAAUAUUCAAAGGAGUUUGUUACGUCUGUAGUGCUUGGGAAAGAUCUGGUUCCAAGGAUCGGGUUGUCACAGCUGGAAGGUUUCCGCAGGCACCUGUUGGAUGUUCUUCAGAGAAGCAACAAACCAAAGUGGCGCAUAAUCCUUGGUGGAACGAAGUGCAUUCCCAAGUCAGAACUCCCUGAUGAGUCUGAAGGGGUGACUGUACCCAGUAAUAGACUUUGGACUCAUCCCAGUGACCUGACAAUAGCUUUAUCUGCAAGUACGCCACUCUACCCUCCUGGACGAAUCAUUCAUGUGAUUCACAAUCACCCCGAGGAGCAGUGCUGUUUCUGGGAUCAAGAAGAGCCAACAUAUUUUGCCAUUUGGGGAGACAACAAAGCGUUUGAGGAGGUGAUAAUCUCUCCAGCAAUGCUGCAUGAGCACCUCCCACAUGUUGUGAUGGAAGGCCUAAACAAGGUCCUAGAGAAUUACAACAAGGGUAAGACAGCCCUACUAUCGGCUGCUAAGGUAAUGGUGAGUCCGACAGAAGUGGAUCUGAACCCAGAGCUAAUCUUCCAGCAGCAGCCGCACCUCAUCCCCCCUAUCUUGGAGGUAAUACCUGCAAUAAUGCCUGGGGCACACAACUCGAACCGGAGGAACAGCAGCACCAGGAGUAAACAGUCUGAGGUCAGUUUGGAAGGGUUUUACGACUCACGCCUGCUGUCCCCGGUGCUUAAGGAUCCAGUGGAAUUACUUUUAAUGAGCACAAAGGAUUGCCUGGCAGUAUCCCUACAGGAUCGCAGGGCCCCAUUAGCUACGAUGGAAAGUCUAUCUGACAAUGAAUCAGUCUACAGCUUUGACUCAAGGCGCUCCUCUGGAUUCCGCAGCAUCCGUGGGUCCCCCAGUUUGAGAGCUGUGCUGGAACGAGAUGAGUCACAUUGCUUCUUCAUCGAUCCCACUAUUCCUGAGGAGAACCCAUCUCUGAGCUCUCGCACAGAGCUUCUAGGGGCAGAUGCCCUUUCCAAGCACUCACAAGAGAGCCAGCACACUGAGGUGGUGCAUAACAGUGGCUGCUCUUCACCAGGUGAUUUGGCUCCUUGGGAGGAGGUGGGCAUGGCAGGUGUGGAGCACAGCAGGACACUCAUCCCAGCCCAAGAGGAGCCAGCCCUGCAGAAUGGACGCCUAGCAGAGGUUCCCAGUCCACAGGUUUUGGAGUUUGCCGAGUUCAUAGACAGCCUGUUCAAUUUAGACAGUAAAAGUAACUCUCUGCAGGACCUCUAUCACAUCAUGGUGUCUGAUGGCACAGACCGUGACAUAGCAAAGUCUGUUAGUGACCAAGAGAUCCUGCUACGGGCACAAUUUGAGCCCAACCUAGUUCCCAAGCCCCCUCGUGUCUUUGCUGGUUCUGCAGAUCCAUCAUCUGGCAUCUCAGUAUCUGCCUCGUUUCCCCUCAGCUCCUCUGGAGAACUUAUGGACCUGACACUUACAGGUAUGAGCAGUCAGGAAUGCCUCACACCUGAUCCAAUCCGGACUGCUACACCUACAGAUUCAAAUCAUAGUAAUCAAGAAGAAUUGCUCAUCUCUGCCCUCUAGUGAAGUGUAUUGGGAAAAUGGACACAUACUUAGCUGGGAGAGCAACGUUUGGAAAAUGAUUCUGCUCAAGUAAAAUAGGAAGCCGCACAAGUAGAGCUUAAUAACCAUAGGAAGUUAAGUCUGUGGAUAGUGCUGCCUGUAUUUUAUGCCAACGCUAAGGCAGCUAAAGGGAUUUUUAAGCCUUUAUGGAAAUCACAAACCAAGGAAAGUGAUAACAUUGCACUAUGAAGAUGCCAUCCCACGGCAGCCUUGCAUGGCUGAUCUACCAGCCAUGACUAUUUGCCAUUGUGUCAUUGGUAUGUGAGACAUUUUGUGUAUAUGGGAGAACUGAGGGGGCAGUCAGGGUUACAAUACCAUGUUCUGCCCGUGGGUACACAUAUGGCCAUAAUACAACCCUUUGCCUACUGUGGGAGUGUAGACACAUUACUGCCACCUGCCUAUCAUGUUGUAGGUGGUCUCACUACCAUUCUCUGCCUUCAUUACCUCCUUGUUUUGUGUGCCCAUUCCAUGUCUCCUGAUGUGUUCACAGCAUGUUCCCUUUUAUACAGAUUAAUGCAUGGGAGCUAGGUGUAGCCACUUCCAGAGGACAAUUUGUCAUUGACUGUAAUGACACUGUAUGCGUCUGGAUGACAUUGUCGGCUAUAAUUGUAUUGUCAUACUCACUUCACCAGAACAGCGUCUGCUAAAGCAAGACUGCAAGCCAAGGAAAGGAGCUUUGCCAAUCAGGCGUAUCAGUCUUUACUGCCAGAUGGGCCUUCUGCUACUUUUAGGAAUUCAAAAUGUAAUUAUAAUCCAUAGUAAGACCCUCUGUCAAAUGUAAACAGACAUGAAACAUGUAGGCAGAAGCUGCUUCAUCUAUUUAGCAAUCCCUCUUUCUUUACAUCCUGUGUUAGUGCUGGUUAGAAAAGCGCUGUCCAAUGUGCUUUUCCAGUACUCUGACAAUGAAGUCAUGAUAUGAUCUCUGGCUUUGAUUCAGCAUAUCACAAUCCUAGCAAUAUUUAAUCAUCUCUUGAUCCGGUUGUUCCUCUGUGUGAGUAUUCCAUCCACAGAUUGCAGUGAUAGUAUUACUUCCAUGGUCUACUGCACAGGCCUUAUUGGCAAUAUAUUUGUAGAUUAAAGCUGCUGGACCCCCUGUUUGAGAGGUGACCACACGUAUUACUAUGUCACAUGUCACUGCAAAGUCAUAGGUAGGAGAGGUUUGAUAGCUGGGAUGCCAAAGGUGAUCAGCCACUGUAUUGGAUAAUUAAACACUAUUGCUGCAUACAGAUGCUGCUUUCCUAAUACAAUCCUUCAUCUUUGCCUCAUUUUGUAAAAAUAUAUAUUUUCAGCAUCUGUCGGAUUUUGCUGGCGUAGAUAUCCUCCAAUCCUUGUAAGCUCCUCUCUUUUGUGCCAUACGAAGCUGUAGUCAACGUCUUAUUUUAUUUCCCAUUCUAUCCUGCUCGUCUUAGUGACCUAUGUGCCAACUCCCCUCCGCACGACUGUCCCUCCCCCCAUCAUGUAUUUUUAAACCACUUGUGCUGUCAAAACCUAUUUGUGUCAAAAAUCCCAAGGCGAUUACAUAUUCUGCUAGGAAGGCCUGAUGUGAUCAGUAUGAAUGAAGUAUGUGCAUGGGAUAUAAAUAUAUUUUUAUGUGUAUGGGGUAUAAAUGUCAAAUAAUGCAUGUGUCAAUAAGAGCAGUGUUUUGGGGACAUGUUCUCUCUGAUAAAGAACCUUUUGUCAUUAGAAACGUGCCAAUGCUGUCUGAAAUAGUAUGCUUUACCGAAGGAUAAGAUAGUUACUCCAAGGUAUGGAUUGGAUUUGAGACCCUCCUAGCAGCCAUGGAUAUCAAAAUCCAAAGUUUGUUUUUACGUGUCAUUAACAUUUUUGUUAAUUAAUAUUAACCCAAUUUUUCUGGAUAUUUUGAGAACACUUGUUAACUGCACAGCCAUCUAGUCUCUGUUUAUUAAUGCCUUAAUUUAUUUUAUAUGUCUGUUAUAAAAUAACAGUAACAGAAGUUCAAAAUGUAUGGAAAAGACCUUCCUGCUCACACGAUUUAUUGCUGAAGUAUGUAAUACGCGCUGGGGGGAAAUGCAAAUUUGAAAUCAAAGCUGUAUUCUGAUUGGCUGCUUGGUGGUGACCUCCAUCCAAAUCCAGCUCCAAUUGGAAUCAUGAAUAAUAAUGGUAUCCCCAGACCCCCCUGUACAACGCAGACUUCCUGUAGCAAUAAAACUAAACUUAGGCACGUUCAGUAACUUUUACACUUGUUGGGGGUUCUCCAAAUAUGUUCUUUUAUAAAAGUGGAACUUAAGUUGGAGCAUUGCCAUCUGCUUAAUGCAUUUUACAUUUUUUGCUUGUUAUUUGUAUUAUUUAAAAGAUGCCUUUUCUAUGAUCGGUCAGUCGGCCGGCUGACCAACGUGAUAGAUUGCACUGCGGUACGACUAUCCUGACCCCGAUUUUACAGGUUUUGCAGUUGUUUAUUGCCAUUUUCCCUAUUAAUUUUCUUAUUUAUUUGCAUUGCAUUUUCCUUGAUGUGCCUCUCUUCUGUUUACAUCUGUCUUGUUGUGAGUUAUCGUCUCCAUACCUUUCCCUCUGGGUUGGCGAGGACUCUUUUUAACACUGGAGCUAUGUUCUUUGCACAAUAAGUAUUCCAUUAUGGGGAUGUUACAUGUUUCGUAUUAAAAUAGGGGGUUUCACCAUAGUGUCUCCAAGAUGCACAUUUCACUAAUUUACAGGAUAACCACUAACAGUGACCCCUGCACACUAUUUUUCGUUUGUUUGUUUGUGUGUUUUCUCCCUUGUAUUGAUAUUUUGGGGAUUUGUGCUAUGACUGUCAUCUAGAGUUCAUCUGCGAUACUCACAACUUCAACCUCCUUGUCCUGACAACUUUCUUUGAACUGUGUUGUGCUCAUUGGCCUUUUCCACACGUGCACCUAGGCACCAUUAGAAUGCUUGGACCCAUUCAUGCAAAGUAUGUAAUGCCAUUAAUUAGACAGCAGGUGCCCCGGGCCUAUGUGGUGAGCUGGUAUUUUAUACAGUGGUGCUCUGUUAUGUCACUGCCAAGGCAGUGGGCACUCAGGACCUUGCUUACAAUAUGAGGGGCUUUUUAUGCCCCGUUCUUGACCUGGGUGCCUUAUUGGCCAUUAAUUCCAGAGCAAGUGGCUGAAUUAUCUUUCUGUGAAAAUGAUAAGAAUGCCUUAAUAUCCAGAAACCUCUGUAUCCAGCUCCCCCUUAUCCUGUCACUUUCCACUAGCCAGAUGGCAGAGAGGAGAAAGGAGAUUGGUUGGAAAGAAGUUGUCGUGCAUGUCUUAGCGCCCUAAACACUGCUCUGUCUUGUGCCAUAAUAACCCUAUGUCCCCUGUAGUUCAUGUAUGAAUAAAACGUAAUAUUGUAAAGAAAAGGUACUAAAUAUAUAGCAUAUCCUAUAAAUAUAUAAAUAUAUACAUACGUUCUUGUAUAUUCUAUACAGACUGUAAAAAGGAACAGGUGUGGUUAUAAUGCCCAGUGCGGAUGUACAAUCCCCUUCCUUCAGGCUGUAUAUAUUUCCCUGCAUUCGGGGUGUCCGAGCCGAGGCUGCUGCACGAGAAGGAACAGGAAAAGUAAGCUCCUCACGCUGGAAAAUAAUUUUUUAAAUAGAUAGGUCUCAAAUCUACAGAUUGGGAUAGAGCUUUUAGCCAAACCUUUGCACAAUCCACGUCUUCAAGAACCCUAAAAUGGGUGAUUAGAUGAUCACCUAACUGACGAUUAAAAUGGCUCUAUCACCAGACAUUUUCUUUACUUAUGUACAUUUUAAAAUGUUUUACUUUUCCCAUCGGAUAUUAACAUUUAACAGUAUUUUGCUCUUUGUAGAUGUGACCAUUUUUCAGUAACGAGGUUGCAUUGUGGAAUUAUAUGAUAAUUGUAAAGACAGCUAUUGUGGGGAAAAGGCUGCUGAGUGCAUGUGAGCUAGCAGCCAAUUAGAAUCUAGCAUUUCCACCGUAGCUGACUGUAUUCGUUCCCAAUUAGAAGAGGAAACCAUGCUUAAAGGGACACUAUAGUCACCUGAACAACUUUAGCUUAAUGAAGCAGUUUUGGUGUAUAGAACAUGCCCCUGCAGCCUCACUGCUCAAUCCUCUGCCAUUUAGGAGUUAAAUCCCUUUGUUUAUGAACCCUAGUCACACCUCCCUGCAUGUGACUUGCACAGCCUUCCAUAAACACUUC